AUGGCAUCAGUGUCGGUAUCCACCCCUCUGAAAAGCCAUCAUGGCAUCUUCUCCACCAAGACUGCUGGCGGCAGAAUACCUCUCACUCCUUCGCCCAGAGCGAGGACAACAAGCGUAGCCACCAACGUCUCUACGCACUCAUCUCCCUCUACUCCUCUGCGAAAAGAACAAUCCAUCCACAAGUCAGACCCCUCCACCUUCUUCUCGAGAUCCAUUUCCCGAUCGGUAUCCAAAUUCGCCUAUGUCAACUCUCCCAAGUCCAACAUCGCCAGAAGCCGCCAGUCUCCCAAACAACUCGAGCUUGGUGUGUCAGAAUGGACUUUGACAGGCACUGGUCACAAUGCGGCCACUACACCAUCCAGAGAGAAGUCACGGAAAGAGACGGCGUUGAGGUCACGAGUUGGCAAGACUACCAUCAGACUCCCACACAACACUGCAGAUCGAUUCAUUCCCAAUCGGGCUGCAAGUGCUGGCCUUGCUACGGCGGGAUGCGGCAAGGCUGAUGAGAACACUCGACCUCGAACUGCCGGUGUGGAUGGAUCUAUUGUGCUUGCCAAUGCUGCUGCCAGUGCGUUUGACAUCUCUGCUCGGGGCGCCGACGCGGACAUCACCACGGCAUUGGAGACUCUUGGUCUGGAUGAUGACAACACCGCUUCGUCGUACACCCGAUCACACCCCGACUCAACGGCCUACGAAUCUUCCUUGGCUUCUGCGUGUGGCAUCUCCACCAGUCAACGCAUCCUGGAGUUCAAGCCAGCGCCGCCCGAGUCGUCCAAGCCCAUCGAUCUCCGAUGUCAAUAUAACCGACCUCUGAAGCAGGCCAAUACUCAGUCUGCACAGUUCCGCCGACGGAUCCAGUCGGCUCCAGAACGAGUGCUGGACGCCCCCGGUCUUGCUAAUGACUACUACCUCAACAUCCUUGACUGGAGCUCAGGUAACCAGGUUGCCAUCGGCCUCGAGCGCAGUGUCUAUGUCUGGUCUGCCGACAGCGGCACCGUGAGCUGUCUUUUGGAGACGUCUCCCGACACCUAUAUCAGCAGUGUGAAGUGGUCCGGGGAUGGCGCUUAUGUCGGCGUUGGCCUCGGUUCCGGAGAAGUUCAGAUCUGGGACGUGGAAGAAGGCACCAAGCUUCGAAGCAUGUUCGGCCACGAAACCCGCGUGAGUGUGAUGGGCUGGAACAAGCACACCUUGUCCACUGGCGCUCGUAGCGGACUGGUGUUCAACCAUGAUGUGCGUGUCGCUCAGCACAAGGUUGCGGAGCUCGUCUCCCAUACCUCGGAAGUGUGCGGACUGGAAUGGCGUUCGGACGGCGCACAGCUUGCGACCGGCGGAAACGAUAACCUGGUAUCCAUUUGGGAUGCUCGGUCCCUGGCUGCACCCAAGUUUGCCAAGAAGAACCACCGCGCCGCAGUCAAGGCCCUUAGUUGGUGCCCGUGGCAAUUGAACCUCCUGGCCACUGGCGGCGGCUCCAAUGACCGUCACAUCCAUUUCUGGAACACCACGACCGGGGCCCGCGUCAAUAGCAUCGACACCGGAUCCCAAGUGACGAGCCUCAAGUGGAGCAACCACUACAGAGAGCUGGUGAGCUCCGGUGGCUUUCCCGACAACUCACUGAGCAUCUGGAGCUACCCUACUUUGGUUCGCAACGUCGAGAUCCCUGCACACGAGUCCAGAGUGCUGCACAGCGCCCUGAGCCCUGACGGUCAGAUGCUGGCGACAGCUGCGGCCGAUGAGAGCUUGAAGUUUUGGAAGGUCUUUGAGCGCAAAGCGGGAGUCAGCGCAGCAGCGUCCAGGGAAGGCGGUGUCGGUAAAGGCAGUGCCAUGGCAAAGCAGAUGACUAUUCGCUGA